AUGCCGUCCCAGGAACUCCCACCUCAGCCUUGUCGCCCUUUGAAGCACGCCAGCGAUCAUGACGAGUACCGAAUACCUCGACCUAUAGACGCUUGCUUGUUCGACGUAUUCAUUACCAUCCUCAACUGGCACAGCACAGUCACUUGUCAAGUAGCCCGCCUUAGCAAGGGGCUGAUUCUCGAAGGCUCACAGAAUGCGGUAGAUUUCUCAGAAGAAUGGAGAGCCGGAUAUUAUACUCAUGUGCAAGUCCAUCCGGACUCGAACGUGCAUACACGUGACCCCCAUCUAACGACAUCGCAGAUAUUGGACAAUAUGCUCACCACCCCGCGCUGGUCUCGUUUUGGGGAAUCCGAUCGUGAAGAUCUUACCAUGAUCUGGCAUAACCUGACGGACACUAUCCCCGACCUAGAAAAACUCGAAUGCCACGUCUACAUCCUCGCUUUAUCUAACGGAAACCUUAAUUUACUUCUCGAUCUAGCAAAGAACCAAGGUGUUCCCUGGGAUGGUAUUUUCUCGUCCGAAAUGUUCGUUUCGUGCAAGCCGAACAAGGAGGUCUAUGAAUCCGCAGCAUACCACCUUUCCUUACCUUCUCACAAGAUCGCAACGGUUGCUGCGGACAAUUUCGACCUCCUUGUUGCUGCCAGCGUCGGGUUCCAGACGAUAUAUGUACCCCCGCGCGAGGUGAGGGAGGGUAUGCGUAGCAAGAAGGACAGCGGUGAGGUGAAUCUUGUCGUUAGAUUUUCAAGAGCUGGCGAGGCUGAUACGUGA